AUGGGCGAGCCGGGGUCGGAGGUGAGCGGCGGGCGGGCGGCGGACGCGGUCCUGGGGCUCCGGGGCUCGGGGCCCGGCCCGGCGCGGCCGGACAGCGCGGGGUGCGGGGCGCGGGGCCUGGCGGGCGGGCGGGCGUCGCGCGGACGGGGGGACGAGCCGUGCGCUUCUGUGUUGCAGGCGAGCGGGCCCGGGCCGGCCCCUCCCGCCGGGCGGCGGACCUCCGCGACGCCGGCCGACGACCCCGAGGACGACAUUCAGUUCGUGAGCGAAGGACCAUUAAGACCUGUUCUUGAAUACAUUGAUCUGGUUAGCAGUGAUGAUGAAGAACCAGGCACUUCUCAUAGUGAUGAUAAUGUUAAACCUAAAGACUAUAUUGACCAUCAGAAGGAUAAAGUUGCUUUAACUCUGGCUCGUCUAGCCCACCAUGUUGAAGUGGAGAAACAACAGAAAGAAGAGAAGAAUAGAGCAUUCAGGGAAACAGUUGAUUUUCCGCAUGCUCAUGUACAAGAAAUGGAAUUUAUUCGAGAUUCUGACACAGAAGCAGCAAAACUGUGUGUGGACAGUGGCUAAAAUGUCAGACGUUGGAUAUCGAUUCCCGGUCUUAAAACAAGUACUCUUAAUUCUGGAGCAAAAAGUUCAUUCCGAAGACGAGGCCAAAUGCGGGUGUCUGAGAAACCGAUUUCAUGUCCCAUAAUGCACUGUAACAAGGAAUUUGAUAAUGGACAUCUUCUCCUAGGACAUUUGAAAAGGUUUGAUCAUUCUCCAUGUGACCCAGCGAUUACACUUCAUGGACCUUUAUUCAGUUCCUUUGCUUGUGUAGUAUGUAAUAAAAAUUUUGUUACUCAGCAGCAAUAUACAGAUCACCUUUCUGCUAAGGAAGUUGCAGAUAAUGGACAUAAAAGCAACCUUCUUCCUCAGAUUAUUCAGUGUUUUGCAUGUCCAACCUGCUUCCUUCUUUUUCGCAGCAAAGAUGAGUGUUUGAAGCAUAUGUCUGGGAAGAAUCAUUUUCAUCAGAGUUUUAAACUUGGUAUUUUAUUUUGUCUUUCAGAUAACAAGGGAAUAGCACAUCCAAUACCAUUUCCGUCUUUAGCUAAGAAACUUUUGAUCUCUUUUUGUAAAGAUGUCUCAUUUCAAGUUAAAUGUGUGGCCUGCCACAAGACAUUGCGUUCCCACAUGGAGCUUACUGCACAUUUCAGAGUUCAUUGUCGAAAUGCUGGUCCUAUAGCUAUAGCUGAGAAGAGUAUUACACAGGUUGUAGAGAAAUUUAUAUUAAAAGGUUAUUGUCCAGAUUGCAACCAAAUCUUUGUGGAUGAAAUCAGUACUGAAAAUCACAAGCAGAAUUCAGGACACAAUGUCCGAGUCAUUACCUCAGUGGAGGAAUCUAUCUUACUUUAUUGCCACAGCCAUGAAGUGAAUAAAUCUCCUUCUGAUUUGAACCUAUUACUUGAAAAGUCAAAAUGUUCAUCACUUAAAAGACCUAUGCCUAUACAAGAAUAUAGUGCACAAGAUUGUUGCACAAUUCCAAGAAAAAAGAUGAAUUUAGAAGAUAAGAGCCAUAAAGGUAUGGUUUGUGUUCAGAAAGAAAAGUCAGUUGUUAAAGUUUGGUUUUGUGAAUGUCAUCAACAAUUCCCUAGCGAAGAUGCAGUAGAAAAGCAUGUUUUCUCAGCAAACACUAUGUGCUAUAAAUGUGUGGUCUGUGGAAAAGUGUGUGAAGAUUCAGGGGUCAUUCGUUUACAUAUGAGUAGGUUUCAUGGAGGGGCACAUUUAAAUAACUUUCUUUUUUGGUGUCGAACAUGCAAAAAAGAGUUAACAAGAAAGGAAAAUAUCAUGGCUCAUGUGACAGAAUUUCAUAAUGGACACAGAUAUUUUUAUGAGAUGGAUGAGGUAGAAAGUGAAACUCUGCCAUCAUCCUCUACAACACUGUUGAGUAAUUUGACUAAUAAUCCCUCUUCAGUUAUUACUGUUACCCCAGUGAACAGCUCUACAAGGGGUAAAUGGCAAUGCCGAAUUUGUGAAGACAUGUUUGAGUCCCAAGAAUGUGUGAAACAGCACUGCAUGUCUUUAGCAAGUCACCAGUUUCAUAGAUAUAGCUGUGUACAUUGCAAGAAGACUUUUCAUAAGAUAGAAACACUGUAUCGACAUUGCCAAGAUGAGCAUGAUAAUGAUAUAAAGAUCAAGUACUUUUGUGGGUUUUGUGAUCUUACCUUUAAUGUGGAAGAAGCCUUUUUGAGCCAUUAUAAGGAGUACCACAGCACAGAUUAUGUGUUUGUGUCAGAAAAAACUGAAACUUCAAUUAAAACUGAGAAUGAUUUUACAGUAGUAGAGACCAGUAACCUGUUAAGCUGUGGUUGCCAUGAGAGUUAUAUCUGUAAAGUUAAUAGAAAGGAUGAUUAUAGUAAAUGUCUCCAGCUAAUGCUGGAAAUAGGUAAACUGUGGUUUCGCUGCAGUUUGUGUUCAGCAACAGCACAGAAUGUCAUCGACAUGAGGACACAUAUCGAUCAGGUACACACACAAGAAAAAGCUGAAGAGGAGGAACAGAAAUAUGUCAUCAAGUGUGGCACCUGCACCAAAACAUUUCAUGAUGUCGAAAGUGCUCAGCAGCACUUCCAUAAUAAACAUUGCUUCUUACUGAAACCCAGUGUCCCUCAUUUUGGAGCUGAAAAAACAAGUCCGUACAAGUUUGCUGCCAGUAGCUCACGUACAGAGAGAAAAAUGAAACAAGCAGUCAGUCUUCCAAAACGUUCAGACAUGGAGAAAGGAACUCAGAAUGACUUCAGCUCUCAAAAUAUAGAUGAAGAAGUUGAACUUCCAGAUUUGGAUUACCUGCGAACCAUGACCCAUAUAGUCUUUGUAGAUUUUGAUAACUGGUCAAACUUUUUUGGUCAUCUACCAGGACAUCUUAAUCAAGGAACAUUUAUUUGGGGCUUUCAAGGAGGAAAUACCAAUUGGAAGCCUCCACUAAACUGUAAGAUCUAUAAUUACCUGAAUAGAAUUGGCUGCUUCUUCCUUCAUCCUCGCUGUAGUAAAAGAAAAGAUGCUGCUGAUUUUGCCAUAUGCAUGCAUGCUGGCCGUCUAGAUGAACAACUGCCAAAGCAAAUUCCAUUCACCAUCCUCUCAGGAGAUCAAGGUUUCCUGGAGCUAGAGAAUCAAUUCAAGAAGACUCAGAGGCCAGCACAUAUCCUGAACCCUCACCACUUAGAGGGAGAUAUGAUGUGUGCCUUGUUGAAUAGCAUAUCUGAUACCACCAAAGAAUGUGACAGUGAUGAUAAUAUGGAAAUCCAAAGUACUCCAGUAGAUGAAUUCAUAUCCACAGAAGAUGUGGAAUUAGAAGAAGCUAUUAGAAGAAGUCUUGAGGAAAUGUAAUUACAGAUAUUAUCAUCACAACAUCAUGUGGCCUUGAAGAGACUCAGGAUAAUAAAUGUUUGCAUUUGUUUUGUAAAGUUUCCCAUAAAUCUGCUAGUAUAAAUUUAUAUGAACUUGCUUUUUGACUUUCCUAUA